AUCAUCAUUCUGUGCUCCAACGUGAGCAAAGGACGACAUGCUGAAAUAAUUUUGGGGAGCAUCAGUUCUUUUCAAAUACUGUGUCAUUUCAAGGAGAAAACUGUAACGGAGCUUGGAGCUCAUUCUAGAAGAAAUAAUCACUAGAUGUUAUUAUUUUGCAAUUAUUGUGUGGAAUGAUCACUCAAUUUGGAUGUGAUGGAAGUCAGUGCAGUUAGUUCACAUUCCAAUAGGUUGCAAACCUUGAAGCAUUCAACAACAGCAGAUGACGGGAAAAUGCCUUGUGAAAAGGGAUAUAGAAGUACUCGUAUCAGUGGGAAGCCAAAUUUGACAAACACUUCCUCUUUUGUUAAUCAUGCUGCAAUUGCAUGGCAUGAGGAGAGAAGAAAGUGGGUUGGAGAUAAGUCUCAACAUCCACCAAGAAUGGCUAAAGACCCAAUUAUUAGUUGGUCGACGUCAUAUGAAGAGUUACUUUCUACUAAUGAACCUUUUGCAGAGCCAAUACCUUUGCCGGAGAUGGUAGAUUUCUUGGUUGAUAUUUGGCAUGACGACGGGCUCUUUGACUAAUUGUUCCAAGGUUGAAAUAAAUGUCGACUGAAGCAAGAACCCUGUAAAGCCUUAAAGCUCCAUUCAUUUGCCACUCACUGGUCAUGAUGGUUAUGAGAGAGGGAUACUAUUGAGGAUCAUUACUUUAUCCUCCUAGUACAUUUUUUUCUUUUUCGCAAGAAAACAGAUGGAAAGUCCCUAGUUCUCGUUGAUUUAAGAGAAAAACCAAUUGAUAUAUUUCAUCACUGCACUUUUAUAAGCCGUUUCUUACAAGGUCCUUCGAU